AUGGCACCUAAACGUGCUAUCAGAGUCGCUAAUUGCUCCGGGGCUGCGAGCGACCCUGGAGUUCAUAUGUAUAACCAAGCUACAUACGGUGAUGUUGAUGUUAUUACCGGUGACUAUUUGGCUGAAAUGAAUAUUGCCAGUCAUGCUGUUUCAAUUAAGCAAGGUGGCACUGGAUAUGCCUCUACUGCUUUGGAUGGUAUCAAGCAGUCCUUGGCAGUGAUCAAUGAGAAGAGAAUCAAGGUCAUAAUCAACGGAGGUGGAUUAAACCCUAUUGGAUUGGCAAAGGAAGUAGACAAGUUGGUGAAAGAACGCGGCUACAAUCUAGUGGUGGCCUAUGUCGAAGGUGACUGUUUGAUGAACAAGGUCAAUGACUUAUUGAAACCCACAGAGGGGAAGCUGCCCCAUCUGGACUCGAACAAUCCAGACGUGCAUUUGGAGAGCAAUGCUACAUCUUUCAUUGGAGAUCCCAAAAGACCCAUCGUUAGUGCAAAUGCCUAUUUGGGCAUUCGUGCGAUUACAGCUGGGUUGCGUGAAAGUGCUGAUAUCAUUAUCUGUGGUCGUGUCUCGGACGCCUCCCCUGUGAUUGCCGCAGCCCAAUGGUGGCAUGGGUGGGACGAUACAGCGUACGAUGAGCUGGCCGGAUCUCUACUGGCAGGCCAUUUGAUUGAAUGUUCUACCUAUGUCACCGGAGCCAACUUUGCUGGAUUUGAUCAAUAUGAGAUCCCUGAGUUGCUGGACUUGGGAUUGCCGAUUACCGAGAUUGAGAGCGAUGGAACUUGUGUUGUCACCAAACAUGAAAAGCUGGGAGGUUUUGUCACUGCAGAUACUGUCAAGUGUCAGCUUGUCUACGAAAUCCAAGGUAAUCUCUACCUCAACAGCGAUGUCAAGGCCGAUAUAUCUAAAGUCCACGUGGAAGAGAUUGCGACCAACAGAGUGCGCGUCACAGGAGUCAAGGGCCACCCCCCUCCUCCCACGACCAAGUUAGCGGUCUUCUACGAAGGUGGCUACCAGUGCGAGUACACCAUGAAUGCAACUGGAUAUGCGGUCUCCAAAAAGUUUGAUCUCCAUGAGGCCCAGGUUCGCUCGAAGCUUGAGGAAUGGGGAGUCCUAGAUGAUUUUCAGAUUCUUGAUUUCCAGCGUAUCGGUGUUGUGCAGACUAAUCCGCAAAAUCAACUGGAGGCAACUGGCACUUCCCGCCUAUUUGCGCAGGCCUUGGAGGCAUCAACUCUUGGGAAAUUGGCUGCUGCUCAAGGUUUUAACGGCAUGCAGCAUUUCUCAGGUGCUCACUGUUCUUUGGACAGACGAACUAUGGCUCCCAUGCCAUACCUGGCUUACUUCCCGGCACUCGUUGCCCAAAGCGAAAUAGAUGAGUCGAUUAACAUAUUCAGAGAUGGCGAAGUGCAGAAGAUAUCUGUCGGUCUUCCCACCAAGACCGAACCUCUCCAGGCCCGUGACAAUUAUGAGACUACAAACCCCGUCGAUCUUGCCCAAUUUGGUCCCACAAAGGAUGCUCCCCUUGGCGAUAUUGCUCUCGCCCGCUCCGGAGAUAAGGGUGCCAAUAUUAAUUUGGGAGUCUUUGUUCACACCGCUGAAGAAUGGGAUUGGCUUCGUACAUUUUUGACUGCAAAGAAACUGCAACAGCUUAUGGGCACUGACUGGAAGGAUUCCUUCUUUAUCGAGCGUGUCGAGUUUGCGGGGAUCAAGGCUGUUCAUUUCGUGAUCUACGGUCCUUUGGGUCGGGGUGUCAGCAGCUCAAGACUUUUGGAUGGUUUGGGCAAGGGUUUUGCGGACUUCAUUCGCUACUUACAUGUUCCCAUUCCCGUGAAGUUUUUGAAGUCUUGA